GAAACUAUGCCCUUCCGAACUUCUGCUCGACAUUGAUCACCUGGCAUGGGAGCCUGAAGAGAUCGAACGUGGAACUAGGAGGCACAAAUUUCUGCCGGCCGGAUACCAUAUGGGGAAGGGAGCUAAUCCGCUUUGCACCCUGUCCGCAAGUAUCGAUAUCUCUUCUUUUGCGGAUAGAGAUGUGAAGACCGCGCGCGAGCUGGGAGGUUGACAUUGCGGAUUGGGGCAGCAUGUGCACGCUGGUUGAUGUCCUCGUCGAGUGCGACGCUACAUCCCCAGUCGGACGAACUAUGUGGCGUGAUGGUCAAGAACGUUGCCUUUGGCAAGAAGACGAACAGAGUUUGGCGUCAUAUCACGAGGCACGCAUCGCAACCGCAACGCCCACCUUGCCCAUCAGCGAUUAACAUGCGCGGAGGAU